CAAAAAACAAGCUUCUCCAUCUCAUAAGGGUUUCAAUAUUUUGAAGCCUUUAUUUCCUCCAUGGCAACCAAUGUAAGUCCAGUUUCAAUCUUCCCACCUCCUCAGGCCAAGCUUGUCACAGUUCUCAGCAUAGAUGGAGGUGGAAUUAGGGGCCUUAUUCCUGGAACAAUCCUUGCCUUUCUGGAAUCCAAGCUCCAAAAACUUGAUGGAGAACAUGCAAGGAUUGCAGAUUAUUUUGAUUUGAUUGCCGGAACGAGCACCGGUGGCCUCGUGACGGCAAUGCUUACAGCUCCUGACAAAGACAACAGACCACUCUUUGCAGCAAAACAAAUCAAUGACUUUUACUUAGAAAACUCACCCAAGAUAUUUCCCCAAAGCCAGGCUGGCAUAUUCAGUUCAGCAAUUAAUUUGUUUCGUGUAUCCACCGGGCCAAAGUACGAUGGCAAGUAUCUUCACUCCAAGAUUCAACAACUGCUGGGCAACUUGACAUUGGACAAAACCCUAACCAACGUUGUUAUUCCCACAUUUGAUAUCAAGCUUCUUCAGCCCAUAAUAUUCUCCACUUUUGAGGCCAAGGAUAAACCUUUAAAGAAUCCUCUUCUUUCUGAUGUUUGCAUCGGAACUUCAGCGGCUCCAACAUUCCUACCUGGUCACUAUUUUGAAACUAAACAUGAUGGGGUAACCAGAAGCUUCAAUCUUGUUGAUGGUGGUGUUGCGGCAAAUAAUCCAACCUUGACUGCCAUCAACCUUAUAAAGAAGGAGACCUUUCUGAGAAAUCAAGAUGACAUUUCUGUGGAUCCUAUAGACUGUAAUAAAUUCCUCGUAAUUUCAUUGGGAACUGGGUCAGCAAAGCAGGAAGAGAGGUUUAGUGCUCAAGAAUCAUCCAAAUGGGGCCUGCUUGGAUGGCUAUAUAACAAGGGAAUGACGCCUUUGAUCGAUAUCUUUACUCAAGGAAGUGCUGAUAUGGUUGACAUUCACGCAUCUGUUCUCUUUGAAGUCCUCUUAAGUGAAAAGAAUUACAUUCGCAUUCAGGAUGAUAGCCUUUCUGGUGACACGGCAUCAGUAGAUAUUUCGACCAAGGAGAACUUGGAAAGCUUAAUCAAGAUUGGCAAUGAAUUGCUAAAGAAGCCUUUUUCUAGGGUGAACAUAGAGACUGGAGAGUUCGUGCCAGUUGAAGAUGAGGGCGAAAAAGGGACGAAUGAGGAGGCCCUCAUUCGUUUUGCAAAGCUUCUUUCCAAUGAAAGACGAAGCAGGCUUGGAAUGUUGCUUGCAGAAUGACUGACUUUUUAAUGGCUAGCUGUAUUUCGAAAUUAUUUAUAUAUAGUUAAUAAGGGCUCAAAUACUUGUUACACUAUUUAGUUUUUCUCUUCUUGUUUUGUGAAAAUCAAGUGGUUGCCAAUGGCUCAAUGGAUUAAGAUUUUGAGAAGGUGAAUGAAAAAUGCACUAGUA